AUGACGCAGUAUCGGGCACUUGGCAACGAAGUGGCCAAACGUCUUCACCAACGCAGCCCACGCCGAGAGAAGAGGUUCCAGGGGGUCGUCAUCCGCCAUCGAGGACCAGGAUCAACCACCACGACAACGGAGACAAGGGGAGGCCUGGAUAUCACGAGACGUCACCUCGGAGAAUCAUCUACCCUCAAGAUCUUCUCCUCGAUAUGCCAAAAUUCAAUUAUAAUUCCCAGGACUAAAGCUCAUCAAGAAAAUUCAUCAUCUCAAGUCUCAUCGGCCCUGACUAGUCAAGAAAGAUGUUCCACAACACAUCAUCCCUCAACAGUGUUGUUGGGCACUUUACUUGUGAAGCUGGUAUCGCCCACCGGAGUUAGCCAUGUAUUUCGAGCUCUCGCUGACUCUGGUAGUCAAUCAUGUUUUCUCACAGAACAUGCUGCUCAACUUUUAUGUGUCUCACGCACAAAAAGUGCGCCUAGUGUAGUAGGCCUCUCUCAAAUACCUACUCGAUGUAAAGGUGCCACUUCUCUCAAGGUAGAGACAUUGAAUGGAAAAACUAUCUCUACUGACUCAAACUUUUUAAUUCUUGAUAAAAUAUGUGUUGAUUUACCCCACAUGCCAAUAUCCUCUGGUGUCAUUGAGAUGGUAAAUUCUUACGUUUUGGCUGAUCCCAUGUUCCAUUUACCUGGUGGGAUUGAUGUUCUUUUAGGUGGAUCACUUUUCCUUCUCAUGCUCACUCAAGCAGUUCACAACCUCGGGCCUAACCUACCAAGUUUAAUAGGCUCACACUUUGGAUUUUUGGUAAUGGGUGACGCACCCUGUGCAAUCAAGCUUGAUGAUGACACUAGCUCUCACAUGUCAACCAUGCUUUUGGCAGUCAAUGACAUUGAACUGCACAAUUCUAUCCAGCGGUUUUGGCACCAGGAAGAGCCAUCAGUCGCAUCGAAGCAAUCAGAUGAAGAUAAAAUGUGUGAAGAACACUUCCUCUCCACUCACUCUCGGGACCAAUCUGGCAGAUAUUGCGUCCGACUACCGUUCAAGACUGAACACCCUGCUCUAGGAAAUUCUGUCUUUGCUGCUGAGAAAAGACUACACGCACUUCAGAAAAAGUUUAAGGCUCAACCUCAAUUCAAAUCUCUAUAUUUCGACUUCAUGUCUGAUUAUUCGUCUUCGGGUCAUAUGGAACUUGCUCAUAAUGUUGACUUAUCUUCCCCGCAUUACUAUUUACCUCAUCAUGGGGUGUUGAAGGAAUCAAGCAGUACCACUAAACUAGGUACUGUGUUCGAUGCUAGUGCAAAAACCUCCAAUGGUACAUCUCUCAAUGAUAUUUUGCUUACAGGAAGAAAAAUGCAAACCAACAUUUGUGACUUGUUGCUCAUGUUUAGAACUCAUAGUGUAGUUUUUUCAUGUGAUAUAAGGCAGAUGUACAGACAGAUUAAAGUCCAUCCUGAGGACCAGAGGUUUCAGUAUAUCCUAUGGCAUACUCGUCCAGAUCAACCACCCUCUACCUUCAGACUUACCACAGUAACCUAUGGAGUCAAUUGCUCACCGUACCUCGCAAUCAGGACUUUGCACCAACUUGCCAAUGAUGAAGGCGACUCGUUCCCUGAAGCGGCAGAGAUUCUUCGAAUACAAACCUUCGUUGACGAUGUGAUUUCUGGUGGAGAUUCCGAAGAAGAAGCUUUAAGACUCCAGAGACAACUCAUCGCCCUAUUAGCACGUGGAGGCUUUGAGCUAAGGAAAUGGACUUCCAACUCCAGUCGACUUCUUCUAGAUCUUCCAGAUGGUCAUCGAGAGACUCCGGCGUUCCUUCAAGAUAGUUCACAGCCUCAUCACACCAUUUUAGGCAUUCACUGCUCUUGUGGACCAAAGGAUUGGAUUGGGAUCAAACACUUCCCACUGCCCUACUCUAAAUGUGGCAAAGUUUCACUUCAUCUACAGACAGCCUGCGAGAGAUUUCAAUUCCUCGAGCUUUUCAAGUGUCACGAGCAUGCACUACUGCAUUACAUGGCUUCUCAGAUGCCUCCGAGAAUGGUUAUGCUGCAGUUGUUUACUUGCGCUGUGAACUCAACACCACCUCAUCGAUUGAAGACCUUUGUUGGGAACAGGGUUACGCAGGUGCAAGAAUUAGUACCUAAUCAUUGCUGGCGACACAUAUCCAGUGAAUAUAACCCCGCUGACUGCGCGUCACGAGGUAUCCUCCCAUCAGAAUUGUCUAACCACGAACUUUGGUGGUCUGGUCCCCCAUGGCUUCAAUAUUCGAGUGAAUCUUGGCCAUCCUCAAACUUUACUCCUCUAGAUAUUACAAAAACAGGAGAAGAUAAACCUCAGUCACCUACCACUCUGAUAUCUACGAUUAAACCCACUCAAGAAUGGGAACUCCUCACUAGAUUUUCUCACUUCGGCAAACUUACACGAGUGAUGGGUUACAUUUUACGAUUCAUCUAUAACCACCAGCACUCGAAAAGGUGCUCAGGCCCUCUCACCUCAUCUGAGUUAACUCAAAGUCGACUGACAAUCUUCAAGAAGGUUCAAGAAACGGUUUUUGGAGAUGACAUUACAGCGUUGAAGAACAACUCAUCUAAAACCACUUCAUCACUUCGGCGUCUCCAUCCUUUCAUUGAUAAAUCAGGUUUACUUCGUGUUGGUGGACGACUGAAUGCAUCUCAACUUUCAGAAGACGUUAAGCAUCCUAUAAUUCUACCAAAGAAACAUCAUGUGGUUGACAUUCUUAUUGAUUUCUAUCACAAGAAACAUUUGCAUUCAGGGCCUCAAUUAACUCAAUCCCUUCUAGCUCAGAGCGUUUGGAUUCUUUCUGCCCGCAGUGCAAUACGCUCUCGAAUUUUUAAGUGUGUUGUCUGCUUUCGACACAAACCACAUAAUACAAUUCCACUGAUGGGUGAUCUCCCAAAACCCCGAGUGACACCUUCCCGUCCAUUUCUCAACACGGGGCUGGACUACGGUGGUCCUUUCAACAUCAAGGUACAUAACCUCCGUUCAAUACGUUUGACAAAAGCGUACAUCUGUAUCUUCGUCUGCCUUGCAACAAAGGCUGUUCACAUUGAAGUAGCUACUGACCUAUCAACUGAUGCCUUCAUUGCUGCACUAACUCGUUUUGUGUCAAGACGUGGCCUCUGCAAGAACAUAUAUUCGGACUGCGGGACAAACUUCGUUGGUGCUAAUAACGCCUUUCAAGCUCUCUUCAAGUCAGCUGAACGAACAUCUCUUCUUGAAUUUUCCUCAAACCAAGACAUUACCUUCCAUUUCAACCCCCCAGCUGCUCCUCACCAAGGUGGUCUCUGGGAAGGAGAAGGAGCCGUUAAGAGUGCCAAGCAUCACCUCCGCCGUUUCAUCGGCGAACAUGUCCUAACCGUCUCAGAGUUCAUGACCCUGACUACUCAAGUGGAGGCGAUACUUAAUUCGAGACCUCUCACACCAAUGUCAAACGACCCUUCAGAUGUCACUGCGCUCACUCCAGGACAUUUCUUGGUCGGAGCUCCACUUGUCUCUGUUCCUGAUGAAAAUCUGUAA